AUGAGCGACUCCAUCGUUCCCGAGAGCCAGGCUGCCUCGGAUGUGUGCAGCACGAAUGAUCCGCCAGGCGGGCCUCGCGCCGAUGCAGCUGUCGCAACUGCAUCGGCGCCUGCAACGGCCGUCGCACCUCGCAGCGAAAAGGAGGCGCUGAAAGCCCGCAUGGCGGCAUUGAGCACGGAACUGCUCCUCCUCAAAAAGAAGGCAGCCACCACCGCAGCAUCAAGCAGCAGUCAGCGUACCGCCCCAAAUCCCUCAGCGCCGGCUGGCAAUCGGCGGCUGGCAACGUCUGCCGCAAAGUCCCUCCGCAAGACAUAUGUGCCGACGGCUCCUGUCGCUGUCGUCGGCUCCGUCGCGAGCGGGCUAGCGCUCGAUGCUAGUGACGUGGACCUCGUGGCGUGCCUGGCUGGCGUGAGGUCCGCGGCGACAUUCCCGUGCUUGCUUGGGGACGAGCCGCUUGGCGACCCGCUGCUCUACCACUGGGUGGAGCGCCCCUUUCGCGCUUGGCGGCCGGUGCCCAAACGGCGCGUGCCGCUCGUGCUCCUGCCGGUCUUCGUCUCGCUCGUGCUGCUCAUCGUUCUCCUUCAGGGCCCACUGUACGGCAGCCUCUACCCGUCCGCACGCGAGGUCUCCGCCUCCGCCUCGCCGCCCACACCCACCCCUCCGACGCAGAACGCCCCUCACUCCUCUUGCGCCUGCUCCAACGCCCACGGAGCCCUCGGCAAGACGCUACACAGCCCGCCAGGCUUGGAUCCGCACUCGCCGCUGCCGUGCUUCGACGCCGACGGCCUGCCUGUCAACGGCGACGACCACAGCCGUUGGAUAUAUGAGCAACGGUGCUGCCAAGAGCCGUGGCACAACCCGCUGACGUCGGUGGACGGGCCGAUGACGUUCUGGGAGGUGCAGGACACGGCGUCCGCAUGCCUCACGCCCGAUCGAGGCGCCUCAGACCAGCCGACCUUGUUCCUGAUCGGCGACUCACACGCCGCGAUGCUGACGGAGGGCAUCCGCAAAGCCCUCGCCGGUCGCAUGACGCUCGCGUGGACCGCCCGCGGCAUGUGCCCACCGCUCCCGCCAGCACUCUACGGCUGGUGCGACCAGGACAGCCUCGAGACGGCGACGCUCUAUCAGCGCCAUCUGGUGACCACCCUCACCUCGCAGCUGCGCAGCGGCGAUGUCGUCGCCGUGGCGUCGUGGUGGGCGCCGUGGCGGGAUGCGUCGCAAGCGCGCCUCGUUGCCGAUCACUACCGGAACACCCUGGUGCCUCUCGUCUCGAGUAAGGGCGCGCAGCUGCUGCUCUUCGGCGACGUCUUUGGCGGGCUGCCCAAGGUGCCGCUAUCGUGCCUGAAUCACGCAACGAGCCCCUCCUGCCAGCGAAGCUACACGGACGCUGCGCGCCAGUUCGGCGGCGCGGCGAGCUCGCGGGAAGCAAGCGCGCUCGCGGAUGGCAACGAGCACACGCGCUUCUUCGACUUGGCGCCCCUCUUCUGCACAUCGACGGCGCCAGACGGAGUGUGCAACACGAUGGUGCCCGGCACAGACGUUGUCGCAUUCGCGGACAGCCAUCAUCUGAGCCGAGCAGGAUCCGCAUACCUCGCACCAUACCUGUGCUCGCAGUUCGAGCGGUGGGGCUUCUUUGGCUCCACGCUCGCUGCGAGCGGCUCCGACGAGUGGGCGUCGUCGAGGGGGGCACUGCACCAGGCCUUGAACCGGCGAUGGGCCCAAGGCAAGCCCUCAAACGAUUGGACAGCCGCUGGCGUCCUCGUCCACGUCUUCGAUGGAGAUGGCAUCGACCUUGUGCCCGGAGGCUUCGUACACGGCGCACCCAAGCUAGACGACCCACUUCGCGGCCUCGUGCGGCCCAGUGGCGGCCACCUCGCCGCCUCGCUGCUCAACGCGCGGCAUCCCACGCCCUUCCGCUGCCUCCUGGCGUGCCCACCCCAGUGGCGCGAGCUGCCUGGCAUCGUCCUGAAGCCAUCGGCUCAGGUGAUCUCGCGACUCUCGUGCCUCGCGUGGCGCGACAUCUACUCGACCCAGUACAACCGGCCCAACGUGACGCACGCCGGCUGCCCUGCGCGUAGCUUGUGGUGCGACGUCUCCGCACAGGGCCCAGGCUGCACGCCGCUGGGCAUGGCCGCUCAGAUGGCGCACUGCUGCACCACGUUUCCACCGACGCAGCUGGACAAGAUGAUGACCAUGCAAGACCUGUAUGCGUGGCCGCGAGGGCCGUGCCUCGGCAACUGCACCGACCACAAGAAUCCCGCGGCGUGGCUCUUUGAUGAGAUCAUCCUCGACACAGAGGAGUCGCCGUGGGAGCCAGAGCUGGAGGCGAUGAUCGGCGCUGUCUUCAUCUCACCGACCGCGUCCAGUCAGAGCUUUGCGUGGGGCCGCGCGGCGCACGCAGCGCUCCUGCAGCGGCUCAACGUAAGCGCGGACGCACUGCCGUUUCUGUACUACAACAUGCUGGCUCCCAAGGAGCCCUUCAGCGUGGUUCCCUCCAACGACAGGCAGUGA